UCUUGGGAGUUUGCAUCCAAAAGCAACAUAACCGUAACAAUACAUCAACUCCACCAUGGGCAAACAUCCCGAGCGCUCCCAAAGCAUCCCCCCACCUCCCCCGCCACUCCCGGAAGACGGCAACCUCGACGAGAUGUACGGGGACAUCGCUAACAACUCGUACUCUAAUAACUAUAUCGCCGAUGACCAAUCCGUAGAGGCCCAGCACGUUGUGUACACCUUCAACGAGGACGGGGACAAAAAGUCCGCCAAGGCAGCGACCAAGAAGCGAUGGAUCUAUCUCAUGGUUACUGUGUUUUCCUUGCUCACCAUCAUCCUCGCCCUCGGCAUCGUGUACGGGAAGCAGGUACAGGCCCGCAAAAAGGCAACGAAGGAAUCCUCCUUUGCGGAGGCCAACGCUGCCGAGGAAACCGUCACGAACAUCGCAGUGGACACCGAGGAAUCUGAUAUCGAAAUCGAUGAGGAUAUUGUCCUCGAGAGUACCAUCGUCGACAACGAAGAUGUCUACGAGACCGCCUCGCCCCCUGAAGGUGAUUCAGAAUCCGAGUCGGAGGCAAUUGUCUUGACCAACGAAGAAACCGAGGUGACCAACGAGGUGAUAGACGAGGUCGUCGACGAGGUGGUAGACGAGGUCCUACCAGCGCAGGCCACACCCGGGCCGACCAACUGGUGGCAGAACCAAAACACCCAGGCUCCAACCGACCCAUGGUGGUGGAAUACGCCCGCCCCUACCGAUGGGGCUACCGAUGGGGCUACCGAUGGGGCUACCGAUGGGGCUACUGGUAAUGCUGGAGAUGCUACAACAAACCCUGGUGCCGGAGCCGAAGCCACCGACGCCCCAAAUGCCUUAGCCGACGCUACCUCACCGCCGGUUGCCGGAGCCGAAGGCGAAGCAACCACACCCCCCGACGCCACCGCAAACCCGUUCGGUGCGAACACGCCCGUACCCACAAGCUGGUGGGGGGGUACGUUUCCUCCAAGAACUUCCGCACCCACCGGCGGGGCUACCGCGGGGGGCACUGCGGCGGGUACCCUGAGGGGCACUGCUGCGGGUACAGGGCCUUUUGCGGGCACCACCAAUCCCGAUGCAGUCGCCGGAGACAACGAUGAGACCAUGAGCCCCAGUGUGCUCGCGGGGGCCGUUAACGCUGCGGGCGCCGCGGUUGCGGUUGAGGAAGUCAUCGAGGACGAGUUCGUCGAGCUUCCGGAGGCCGAGCUUCCCGAAGCCGGGGCCGAGGACGCUCCGGCUACGAGCGACAAGGACGACACUUCGAGCGACAAGGACGACAAGGCUUAAAUGCGUGCACCGCUUGUGGUUCUUGGAACUCUUGUUUGAUGCCGACAUGAUGCUCAUGCCUGCGUGUGUGCCCAAGGUACAUAUACAUCCCAACCAACAGAUCGGAUUUGCUUCGUUUCCAGAAGGAAGCUCAAAGCAAUUCCUUCAUUUAACUGCGUGUAACUGAAUAAUAGAAAACCUCAAAAAGU